GGGCGGGCGAGGGCGGGACCGGCCCGCUGGGGGCGGACGAGGGAGCCGCGGAGCUAACGGGUCCGGACGCCGGCGGUGGCGGCGGCUUUCUGCACGCGCGGAGGUGGCGGCAGGACCGGCGAGUAUGGCCCGCGCGGCACCGGGCGCUGACUGAGGGUCAUGCUGCGGCAGCCUGGCGCCUGACAAGUGCGGGGGAGCCUGCCAGGGGAUUACUGCUAGCGCAAGCUAACUAACAGCAGGACAGCCAGCCACAGGGGAGUGGGGAUGGACAGAGCAGCCUGCGAGCCAGCCAGCAGCACCAAGAAGGAGGCCUGGGCCCUGGCAGGGAGCUCAGCACACUCAGCUGACCCAGGCGGCAUUUGAAGCAGCAUCCCACUGAGGAGCAGCUGUUCCCUGGCCCCAGAGAACCUCACAGCAGAAGCAAGAGCUCUGGGAACCCCUAUACAAUUGCAUUUGGGGCUGUGGCCACUAGAAGAAGGGACUGGCACCUUGAUGGGAAGCGGAAGGUCAGAACCUAACUCAAGGAGGAUCUUGGUCUCCACGGCAGUUUUCUGAUACCCACAGAGCCUCCUGGCCUUCCUCUCUCAGGAUUGGGGCCUGGUUCCGUCCCCCUGGCAGAGGGGUUGGGCCAGCAGGGCCAGCUGAGGCAGUGACAGCUCUUGCAUGGAAUCCAGGCCACACAAAACCCACAUGCCCUCUGUCGUGAUUAAGGUUCCAGGGCUUCCCCACUGCAGAGGCCGAGGGGCUGCCUUGGUGUCUGCUCAUGAACCACAAAGACCCCGAAUGCUCCAGACUGGGCCGUUUCAAGCCACCAGAGAGGGGCUCCAGAGCUGGCAGCCAUCAACCCCAAGGGACUAGAGGGCUGGGAUGGACUGACCUCCCCCUCACCAAGCCGGCAGGAGAAGCAGAACCUCUGUGGCCCAGCUAGUGACGGAGAGACCCAAUGAAGCCAUAAGUACAAACGGGCCUGAGUGACUCAGGGAUAGGGGAGCCUCUCCUGCCGAGGGGCUUUCUCCCCACGUGGAAAGAGGGUGUGGUGUGGGACCCCUGCUGCUGUCCCUUCCUUGGCACAUGCCCCUAUGCCCGUUGCACAUUGCUGUCACUGGCCCAUCAGCAGGCUGGGAAAAGAGUGGCCACGGUGACACCCUCUCCUGCCUGCUGGGUUGGUGAUCCAGCCCCCACCAGAUUGGCGAACCAUGAAGUGCUCCCUGCGGGUGUGGUUCCUCUCCGUGGUCUUCCUGCUGGUGUUCAUCAUGUCACUGCUCUUCACCUACUCCCACCACAGCAUGGCCACCCUGCCCUACCUGGACUCGGGGGCCCUGGGUGGGACCCACCGCGUGAAGCUGGUGCCCAGCUACGCUGGCCUGCAGCGCCUCAGCAAGGAGGGGCUCACUGGCAAGAACUGUGCCUGCCGCCGCUGCAUGGAUGAUGCUGGUGCCUCCGACUGGUUUGACAGCCACUUCAACAGCAACAUCUCUCCGGUCUGGACCCGCGAGAACAUGGAUCUGCCUCUGGAUGUUCUGAGGUGGUGGAUGAUGCUGCAGCCUCAGUUCAAGUCACACAACACCAAUGAGGUGCUGGACAAGCUGUUCCAGAUAGUACCAGGCGAGAACCCCUACCGUUUCCGGGACCCCCACCAGUGCCGGCGCUGUGCAGUGGUGGGGAACUCAGGCAACCUGCGGGGCUCUGGCUAUGGGCCGGAUGUGGAUGGGCACAACUUCAUCAUGAGGAUGAAUCAGGCACCAACUGUGGGCUUUGAGCAGGAUGUUGGCAGCCGAACCACCCACCAUUUCAUGUACCCUGAGAGUGCCAAGAACCUGCCCGCCAAUGUCAGCUUUGUGUUGGUGCCCUUCAAAGCCCUGGACUUACUGUGGAUCGCCAGUGCCCUGUCCACGGGGCAGAUCCGAUUCACCUAUGCCCCAGUGAAGUCCUUCCUUCGAGUAGACAAAGAAAAGGUCCAGAUCUACAACCCAGCCUUCUUCAAGUAUAUCCAUGACAGGUGGACAGAGCAUCAUGGACGGUACCCUUCCACAGGAAUGCUGGUGCUCUUCUUCGCCCUGCAUGUGUGUGAUGAGGUGAACGUGUACGGGUUCGGGGCCGACAGUCGGGGCAACUGGCACCACUACUGGGAGAAUAACCGGUACGCGGGCGAGUUCCGGAAGACUGGCGUGCACGACGCCGACUUCGAGGCGCACAUCAUCGACAUGCUGGCUAAGGCCAGCAAAAUCGAGGUCUACCGAGGCAACUGAGCUCGGCCUUGCCGCGAUCCUUAGGGCGCAGCCGCGAAGCGCGGGCGCACGCUCCCGGCCGGACUCGGAGCCAUCCCAGGGCGGUGGCCUCGGCGUGGGUGUAACGCCUCUUUGGGCGUCUCCAGGCAGUGGGAGCGACCUGGACCAAUCAUGUUGCAGUUUUGCGAGCGCCUGCUGAGUCCCUCCAAUCACUAGACUCUAGGGGCCGGCCUCGGCCUAGAGCCAGUCAGCACUGCAGCCUAGCGGAGCCUCCGUUUUUACAACCAAUCCUGCGACUCAAGGAGAACUUCCGGUACUGGGCUCCGUCUCCUCCAAUCAAUGGCCUUCGGAGACGGGCCGGCAGCCGUUCAAUCCCCGAUUCUUUAUGCUUUUGGGUAGGAUUUUAUUUCAUGCUUUUUAAGUAGAGGUCGGUUCCGGCCUCCGUGAAGUACUUUCCUCGGGCUCAGCGAGAGUCUCAGUCGUUUGCCGGCCUGACUCCGCCGGGAGUGCGGAGGAGAAAACAGUGGGGAAGGCGCGAGGCACCCGCCGCUCGGCUUCCCUUUCCGCUGGAUCCCUCCUGGCCUCGGAGUGAUGGAGAGGCGGUCAGGUGGUUUCGGAGGAGCGCGCCUUCACCCCAGGGAGAAAGCUAGAGCCCUCUCCGACCUCUCCAGUCCUCUGAGAGAAUAUUAGAUCCCACAUUUCCUUUUAUCUGUCAGGCCCAGAUGGGUGAGUGUAAACCCACCAAAGAAAUGCAGUGAGAAUCCCGAGGGCGCGUGGGUCCCUCAUCCUCCCACCUCCCCCGCCCCUGGCUACCCUAUGGAAUGGCCUUUCUGACCAGGGCAUUUUGUGUCUCGCCUAGAAUUGUAUUCACUCCCUGCCGGGUGGGGGGUGGUAUUUGCCUCGGGCCUAACUGUGAAACACAGGUGUAAGGAACAGGCAGGGGACUAGGAAGUCCGUCACAUCACAUGUAAGGUGCUUCUCACUCCCGUGUACCCUCGGUCCCUGCUGUUCACUCACAACCUGUUUACUGUCUGCUGAGGCCCUGGACCUCCUCACCAGCCUCCUUGUUGCUCCGAGGGAAAAAAAUCAAAACUUGCCUUGGGAUUGGGGUGCUACUGCUUCUCCAUCCUCCAACCCCUCAAACUUGUCUUUGGCUGGCUCUAGGGAGACGGAGCAACACGUGGGAAAGAAGGCUGCAGAUGGGGAGCCCAGUUGCCUGGCGCAUGCACCUUCUUCCUUCACCCAUCACCCCAGAGAGGAAUAGGAAACCUCUUGCUUGGGGGUGGAAUUUGCCUUGGGCUCAUAAUUUAGUUAACCUGAAGUUGCGGGGAUGGCUGAUCAAUAGAUUCUUUUAAAAUUCUAAGCUGGCCUUACAAAUAGCCAGGAGCCUACCUGGAGAGGAGUAGUCUUGUCGCCAUGCAUGCCUCCUCCCCUGCCCAUAUGCACUGCCUCCCCCAUGCUCACUGCCUGCCUCCCUGCUCUAACCCACUUUCCAUUUCCAGCUCUAGAGGUACCAGGAAGCUAAUAACCAGGGGUUACAACUGGAAGCUGCUUGCUUGGCUGAACCCAGCUUAAGACGCUAGAGGAAGCCACUGAUGGUAUUCUCACCCUUCAAGGUUGAGGUAGUUUAGGAGGGGGAAAGGGCUUCUGUGAAGCUUCCAAACCACUAAAAGGAUCCCCCUUCUCAACAGUGAUGACCACAAAUACCACCCUUUUUCUUAGUGAGUUGAUAGCACCAACCAAGCUGCCUCCUGACCAUUGGUGUAAUUCCUGCAGCUGGCUGGGGGAACAGUAGCCAGCCGGAGAGUAUAUUAGAGGAGGGUGGGUGUGGGGCAGUGGGCACCCCGAAAGUUAAUAUAUUGAGGACUUAGUUUGAGUCUGUUCCCAAUUCCAAAAGUAGGGGGAGUAAAAAAUGGGGGUGGAUUUGGGGGGCCUUCAGUGGAAUGCCUCUCUCAGGGCCUCCCCCACAUGUUGGAGUCAAGGCAUCAGCCAUUCUUGCCAGUCUCAUCUCAGUGCUUCCUGAAGAGGCUGUUUUGAGUGUUUAGAAAAUGAAAACAAUGCAAUUAUGCCAAACAGUAUUGAGAAUAAUUUAUUUCUUUUUUUGUUCCUUUUUCUUUGUUUUGUUUAAAACAUUAAUAAAUCUCCAUUUUGGAAGAGGUAGGUCCCAGCAUCCGGCCCAGAUCUCCUUUUCUGCAAUAGUUAUUUAAACACAUUUUUUAUUUUCUCGCCUUUCUCUUUCUGAAUUAAAAAGAACAAAAACACUA